AUGCCAACGACUCUUCGUAGUUCGGAAUCCUCCGUGCAAAGCGCCGCGACCAGUCCUGCUACUGUCUCGUCUAUCAGCGUAUCGGAAGGUCCGCAAACACCACCUUUUCCUCCGUCUCCAAUUCCUAUCUCUACUGCGGCUACCAGGAGGACCAGUGGUCAUCGGGCAUCUGUACUGAGAGCUUCAGUGUUCGAUGCGUUUGCUGAGCUCGGAGCCUUUGAUGAGAACAGUCAAAUCGCGGAAUGGAUAUUCAAUCCCGAUGUAGACGACGCUUCAUUUUCCAAUUCGUCGACGGGACCCAGAAAGCACAAUGUCCAUUUCUUAGAAAAGUCAGGAAGUAGGUUCAGGGAAAGAUUGAAUAGCAAUGCGUCAGGGAAUUUGCUUAAUGGUUUUUCGAGCUCAGCGAAGCCGCCUGCUUUACCAUCGUCGUAUUCCACGUCGCCCAUACCAACUCGUCGUCCAACGAGAAGAUUUUUCAAUGGUCUUAGGACUAGAUCUGCCUCGAGGCACAAAACGGAUAAGAGAAGAACGUCAGACGAGACCAUAAUGGAAGAGACUCCUGUCGCUGUUUCUCCUUCAAAGAAGCGACCGUUUUUGCAGUUUAGGUCUAAAUCCUCACGGACUAUCCCGACGUCCUCUUCUCAUCCUCCAUCGUCCUCUUUAGAUCUCCCUCGACCUAAUUUCUUAGGUGAGAUCAAGUCCAUAUCGUCACCUGUCACAGUUGAGCUUGGACACGCUUCUUCGCCUAGCAUUGCGACUAAUGCAAGUUGGGAACAUAUCCAAGGCUCAACAUCCCUCGAUCUCCUACGUUCUACCGAUAAUCCUCCUGUCAAUACAUUUCUCCAUGGGAAACACUCUCCUGCCCCUGGGAUACCCUUCCCAAGUCAAAGAGAGUCCAGAGGAGGCUCUCUCUUUCUGAAGCUUUCUACCGCUGUCGCUCGCCCAUUCUCGGCCGGGAGUAUUCAUCCUGAUUUGGAUGCAUGCUCUUCCGCUGCAGGUUCUACCACGAACUCCAUACGCCGUACACAGUCGCGGCCACCAGAAGCGACAGAAGCGUUGAAGGUGACGCCUCUUCGUACGAAUUUUCCUUCAUCAUUCUCAUCGCCGUCAUCACCGAUUGGUGCCAACCCGACUACACGUGCGCUGGCUGCGAUGGAGGUGCUUUGA